GGAAGUGUUUCCCUAGGUGUUGUGGGAAAAAUGGCGGCGGUGCAAGUUGCCGGCUCGCUGCUGGGCGGACAGCCUCCGGAGGCGCCGCGGGAGACGCCCCCUGAGCAGAGCAAUGGGUUCCGCCGCCUUUCGGCUCGGCUCCGCGCCUUGCGGCCGGAUGACAGCAGCUCCGCCCGCACGGAGAUCCACCUGCUCUUCGACCAGCUCAUCUCCGAGAAUUACAGCGAGAGUGGCGGCGUGGCCCCCCAGGAUGUCAGUGCUCUUCUCAUCCAAGCUUGCCAACUGGUGCCUCUUAAUCAGAAUCAUCUUGUCAGUAAAGUAUCUCAGCUGAUCCACCAUUUACUUAACACAUUACAGGUGAUUGUUGAUGAACAGAACUUGGAUUUCCUGUUGGCAUAUACUAUUUCAGCUAUUCGACAGUGCAGUUCCUGGACACACAUGAAAAUUCUUCAAGCUCUGGCAGCUCUAGUUUACUGCAAUGGGUCAAAAUGUCAAAAGUACCUCCCGGACUUGCUAGGCAAGACUGGCCUCUUGUUGAAGUUGAGUGACUUGGCUCAGUCUGAUGCUGAAGUCAGGAGAGCUGCAGUGCAUUGUAUGGCAAACUUAUGUCUCAGUGUGCCAGGACAGCCGUACUUGGAGGAAUCCUAUCAAAAUAUCUGCUUCCAAGCUUUCUUGACCACUUUACAGUCUCCAAAAUCGUCUGAGAUGGAUGAUAUAACAUUUUGCUUGUUGUUACAGAGUGCAUUAAAAGGCAUACAAUCACUUCUCAAUGGUGGGAAGAUGAAACUGACCCAGACUGAUGAACUUGGAGCUCUUCUAGCUGUGCUAAAGAAAGCCAUGUUCCAUGGACUCCCUGGACUAAACAUAGAGAUGCCCACCGUGUUAUACCCAACUCCACUUCCUCAAUAUGAUGGGCGACCACCUGUCAAACCACAGCCAUUAGAAUCCAGCACUUCUGGACCAACUAUGAGUAAAAAGAAAAAACAUAAAGUAAAACAAAAGAAAACCCAGCAAGGAGAGGAGGAGGAAGAAGAAGAAUCUAGUGGUGAAAUGGAAGCAGCCUCAGGUACCAGCACAAGCAGAGUGAACAUGGGUGAGAGGAAUACACAGUGUUCCUCCUCCCAAGGAAAUGGAGCUGCACAAAAAGAACAAGUCUCCUCACCCUUUGUUCCUUCCAGUUGGAAAAGAGUCAGCAGUAGUGAGUCAGACUAUUCUGACGCUGAAGGAGGCAUGCAGGGUAAAAUGAGGUCAUACCAAGCCAAAGUUCGCCAAGGAGCACUAGCUUGCUUUCUGUCUACUGUAAAAUCAAUAGAAAAAAGAGUUCUUUGUGGCUACUGGUCAGCCUUUGUUCCCGACACACCUGAGGUUGGAAGUCCACAGUCUUUGUCUUUAAUGACCCUUAUAUUAAAAGAUCCUUCUCCAAAGACACGUGCCUGUGCUCUGCAAGUUUUAUCUGCCAUCUUGGAAGGCUCAAAGCAGUUUCUUUCUGUUGCUGAAGAUACCAAUGACCACAGAAGGGCCUUCACUCCCUUCUCUGUAAUGAUUGCUUCUAGCAUUAAAGAGUUGCACAGAUGUCUUUUGUUAGCUUUGGUGGCUGAGUCUUCCUCCCAGACCCUUACUCGGAUAAUCAAGUGCCUUGCAAAUUUAGUAUCAAAUGCACCUUAUAACCGUUUGAAACUCAGCCUGCUGACCAAAGUCUGGAACCAGAUAAAACCUUAUAUCCGCCACAAAGACGUUAAUGUUCGUGUGUCAAGUCUUACACUCUUGGGAGCUAUAGUGUCCACUCAUGCACCUUUACCUGAAGUCCAGUUACUUCUACAACAGCCCUGUUCUUCUGGACUCAGCAAUAGCAAUUCAGCAACUCCUCACCUCAUCCUUCCUGACUGGUGGAAGAAAACCUCUGGAGGGUCCUCACUGGAAGAAGCAUCAGUUAGCUCACUUAAGGGAUCUUCAGAGCCCUGCUGGCUCAUCCGACUUUGCAUUUCCAUUGUUGUACUGCCCAAGGAGGAUUCAAGUUCAAGUAGCAAUGCUGGGUCUGCAGCAGGAAGCACCUAUGAACCAUCCCCUAUGCGACUGGAGGCCCUACAGUUGCUGGCUCACCUGGCAAGGGGCUAUUUUCCAGUGGCGCAGCUCUACUUGAUGGAGCUUGGUGAGGUAAUUUGCAAGUGCAUGGAGGAAGCAGAUCCAUCCAUUCAGCUUCAUGGAGCCAAGCUUCUGGAAGAGCUGGGCACAGGCUUAAUACAACAAUAUAAACCUGAUUCUACCACAGCACCUGACCAGAGGGUACCAGUCUUCUUGGUGGUGAUGUUCUGGACUAUGAUGCUGAAUGGUCCUUUGCCCCGAGCCCUGCAGAGUUCAGACCACCCAACUCUCCAGGCGAGCGCCUGUGAUGCCCUGUCCUCUGUCUUGCCGGAAGCCUUCAGCAGUCUGCCGAAUGACAGGCAGAUUUUGUGCAUCACAAUGUUGCUCGGCCUGAAUGACAGCAAGAACCGUUUAGUGAAAGCUGCAACUUCACGGGCCCUAGGAGUGUACGUGCUUUUUCCCUGUCUGAGACAGGACGUCAUAUUUGUUGCAGACACAGCAAAUGCCAUAUUGAUGUCACUUCAAGACAAGUCUCUGAAUGUCCGUGCCAAGGCAGCCUGGUCCCUAGGCAACCUGACAGACACUCUGAUUGUCAACAUGGAAACACCAGACCCAAGUUUCCAAGAAGAGUUCUCUGGUCUCCUGCUCUUAAAAAUGUUAAGGUCAGCAAUAGAAGCCUCCAAGGACAAAGACAAGGUAAAAAGCAAUGCAGUCCGAGCCCUUGGAAAUUUGCUUCAUUUUCUGCAACCCUGUCAUAUAGAAAAACCAAGAUUUGCUGAAAUCAUUGAGGAGUCUAUCCAGGCCCUAAUUUCUACUGUUCUAAUUGAGGCUGCCAUGAAAGUCCGAUGGAAUGCUUGUUAUGCUAUGGGAAAUGUGUUUAAAAACCCUGCUCUUCCACUUGGUACAGCGCCAUGGACCUCCCAGGCAUAUAAUGCCCUGACAUCAGUCGUGAUGUCAUGCAAGAACUUCAAAGUGCGCAUCAGAUCUGCCACCGCCCUUUCCAUCCCAGGCAGGAGAGAGCAGUAUGGGUCUGUAGAGCAGUAUGCUCAGAUCUGGAAAGCAUUGGUCACUGCCUUGCAGAAGAGUGAAGACACCACAGACUUUCUGGAGUUCAAGUACUGCGCAAGCCUACGGACCCAGAUCUGUCAGGCACUGAUUCACCUCUUGAGCUUGGCCACUGCCUCUGAUCUGCCCUGCAUCAAAGAAACCCUUGAGCUGAAUGGAGAUGUGGUCCAGCCCUAUAUCCUACAGUUUUUAAAAUCAGGAGCAGAGGGAGAUGACUCUGGAGCAGCCCAGAGUCCACAAGAAAGAGACCGAAUGGUCAGAACAGCCCUGAAGCACAUAAGUGGUGUGCAGGCACUAGCUGGAGACACAGCCAAAGGGGCUAUUAUGGGCUAUUUAGAAGACAUCCUGACUGUUUACGGUGAUUCCUCUGGAUCCCAAACAGUACUCUUCAGGUUAGCAUGUCAGUGACUGUUCCACCCUAUUUUCCAGCUGUCAGAUUCAGGAACAAGAGACCUAAGCUUGGACAUACAAUACAUGGGGUUUUAUCUUAGGGCAAGAACAGCCCAUCCACCAUUUAUUUAGAAUGGGUUAGCAGCUAUUUAAAUUCUUCUAAAGGGUCUCGACCACUUUGGAGAGGGGUUCCACUGCAUUGGCUAUGGUCAGGGUUGGUGGAAACUGACUUGGGCAACCAGGAGCCAAGGAGUCGGGAUGUAGUUGUGGGUGAGCAGGCUUCCUUUCAGAAAAAAAGAAGUCAGGGGAUUUAGGAAUUAGAAUUCUGGAUACUGUGUCUCCAAGAAUUGUUUUCUUUUGUAAUAAACUGAUGAAAAAUAAUGCAUCUAUAAUGUUCUUUUCACCCAGCAUUGUACAAGAAUUAUGACUAAUGUGAUUAGAUAGACCAAAAAUAA